GUUGCUUGACCUCUUUCGCCUCCCACCAUGUCGACUGAACGGCCGACUGCCCAGUUCUCCUAUCGUUCACAGCAGGAACUGGCCAUCUGGAACGGCCAUCCACUUUACCAACCGGUUCAGGGGUUCGAGAAACCCGAGGAGUCGGCAAAAGGCUUUGAAUAUUGCAAAUACGGCCAUACUUAUGCUUAUGCACUCAAUGACUGUGUCAAAGUGUUCAAUGCAAAGACACUGGCUCCGUUAUGCGAAAUCAAGCGAGCCAAUGUGGUCGAGUUCUGGUUCUCGCCUCAAGGCAAUUUCUUGGCCACUUGGGAGCGACAAAUCAAACUGGAGGAUGGCUCGGGUAGUCGUAACCUGAUGGUGUGGGACGCUAAAACCGGAAAGUUGUUGAAUUCCUUUGCGCAAAAAGCACAGAAUUCAAGUCAUCUUCAAUGGACGGAUAAUGAAAGAUAUUGUGCACGCCUGGUGCCUGGAGAAUUAUACUUUUAUGAAAACCGCAACUUUGAAAAACCUUGGUCUGUGCUGCGAUUGCCUGGAAUAACCCAGUUCUCGCUCAGUCCAGGAAAAACAUUGGCCGUCUUUGUAUUUAUCCCUGAGCGCGAUGGUGCGCCUGCCGUUGUACGGAUGUAUAGCCUAUUAUAUCUCAAUCAACCGAUAUCCCACAAGACCUUUUAUAAAGCAGACAAGAUUCAGCUAUUCUGGAAUUCACUUGGUACAAGUCUCCUGAUCAUGACGCAAACCGAAGUUGACAAAACUGGCAAAUCUUAUUAUGGCGAAACUAAUUUAUACUAUCUUGCUACGGAUGGUCAUUUCGAUUGUCGUGUCCCUCUUGAUAAAGAAGGGUCUUUGCACGAUGUCACAUGGAGUCCAAAUUCCCGAGAAUUUGUCGUUGUCUAUGGCUCGAUGCCUGCCAAGGCGACCCUUUUCAACGAGCGUUCGGGGCCUGUUUUUAGCUUUGGCGUGAAUCCUCGAAACUUUGUUCGAUUCAAUCCUCAAGGCCGUAUCAUUUGUGUGGCUGGAUUUGGUAAUUUGAAUGGCACCGUGGAUCUUUGGGAUCGAAAAACGUUCAAGAAAAUCACAACGUUCCAAGCCCCCAAUGCGUCGCAUUGCGAAUGGUCUCCAUGUGGACGUUUCCUGAUGACGGCCACCUUGACCCCACGUCUUCGUGUCGAUAACGGCUUCAAGCUGUGGCAUUACACGGGUCAACUUAUUUAUGAAGAAAACAUUGAUCAUCUGUAUCAAAUCAAAUGGCGUCCAGAAUCCGUUCAGCGAUAUCCUUCUAUGCGAACACUCUCACCUGCACCUGCACCUGUCAAAAUCAAUGCACCCAAAGAAGGCAACGAGGCUUCGCCAGGCCUUCCAGCUGGAGCUUAUCGUCCUCCCCACCUACGAAACAAAGCCGCUCCAACCGUUUCUCUUUAUCAGAGAUCCGCCACCAACAGUCCUACCUCCCAGUAUCAUCGACGAUACCCAGACUCAAAUACACCCAAAAAAUCCGACGGCAGAAAAGGUUCCGGGAAGAAAGAGAAUGGCAACCCCCGUUACGGCAAAAAUGAGAAUGCUGGCAAACCUGCACCCACUUCCGAACCGGUAGAUGGAAGCCCACGAAUAGCCCUUGAAGAUAAAACCAAGAGAACACGAAAUACCGAAAAGAAACCUCGUUCACCUCGGGAAUACAAACCCAAAGCCAACAAGCCAGAACUUGUCACCGUGAAUGUGGAAUCCACUGGAGAAGAAGUUACAGUCUAGGACAGCUGUUCGAGUUCAUUCAUUCUCAUUUGAAAGCAUACAUAUACUGUAAUAAAGAAGAACCAAACUGACAGCAGGUUC